AAAAUGGUAUUAGUACAUUACGUAGGAGCUUAUGUAACUCGUUAUAUAAAUCUUUGUGCGCAUGUGUAAAUUCUAGUUCCGGUAAAAGAUGGCGAGUGUGUUGAAGUUGACCUCUCAAUCAGCUCAUAGAGCUGUAUUGAAAAAUGUUUUGAGAGUUUCACCAGCCAUAGGCUCAAGUCAGAGAAACCUUCACUUCAACAUACAGGGUCGUAACAGUGAUGCAACAUCAUCAACAGGACAAUCGCUGUCGAGGAAGUAUCCUGUGAUAGACCACACCUACGAUGCUGUAGUGGUUGGAGCAGGGGGCGCUGGUCUCCGAGCCGCCUUUGGCCUGGCUAAUGAAGGCUUCAAAACAGCAUGUAUCACAAAACUCUUCCCUACCAGAUCACACACAGUGGCCGCUCAGGGCGGUAUCAAUGCUGCACUAGGACAUAUGGAGGAAGAUUCGUGGAAGUACCACUUCUACGACACCGUGAAGGGAUCUGAUUGGUUGGGGGACCAAGACGCCAUUCAGUACAUGUGUGAGGAAGCCCCUAAAGCCGUCAUUGAGCUGGAAAAUUAUGGCAUGCCCUUCAGUCGACUUGAAAAUGGGAAGAUAUACCAGAGAGCUUUUGGUGGUCAGAGUUUAAAGUAUGGUAAAGGUGGACAGGCCCACAGGUGUUGCUGUGUAGCUGACCGCACCGGUCACUCCCUCCUCCACACACUGUAUGGACGGUCACUCAAAUAUGAUACACAUUACUUCAUUGAAUACUUCGCUUUGGAUCUGAUCAUGGAGGACGGAGAGUGCCGAGGAGUUAUAGCCCUUUGUCUCGAAGAUGGUACCAUACAUAGAUUUAGAUCCAAGAACACAGUGUUGGCUACAGGUGGUUACGGUCGUGCUUACUUCUCCUGUACAUCAGCACACACCUGUACUGGUGACGGUACUGCCAUGGUUACCAGAGCUGGACUCCCUAACGAGGAUAUGGAGUUUGUACAGUUCCAUCCUACAGGUAUAUACGGUGCUGGCUGUCUCAUCACGGAAGGUUCCCGAGGCGAGGGAGGAAUUCUGGUAAACUCUGAAGGCGAGAGAUACAUGGAGCGCUAUGCACCGACGGCUAAAGAUCUGGCUUCUCGUGAUGUCGUGUCACGAUCAAGCACUAUUGAAAUUAGAGAAGGAAGAGGGGUGGGGCCAGACAAAGAUCAUGUGUAUCUGCAACUGUCACAUCUGGAUCCUGAGGUGCUGAAAGCUAGACUUCCAGGUAUUUCUGAGACAGCCAUGAUCUUCGCCGGAGUUGAUGUGACAAGAGAUCCCAUUCCAGUCCUUCCCACUGUCCAUUACAAUAUGGGCGGAGUACCCACAAACUACAAAGGACAGGCGAUACAUGUGAAGAAUGGUGAAGAUGUGGUGAUCCAAGGUCUAUAUGCUUGUGGAGAAGCAGCUUGCGCUUCCGUUCACGGGGCCAACCGUCUUGGUGCAAACUCCCUCCUCGAUCUGGUCGUCUUUGGCCGUGCAUGCGCCAACACCAUCAAGGAAGAGAAUCGACCAGGCGAAGCCAUUGGUAACAUAAAAGAUAACGCUGGAGAGGAAUCGAUAGCCAACUUAGACAAGCUCAGACACGCCAAUGGAAGUACACCUACAGCUGACCUGAGGCUUAAGAUGCAAAAGGUGAUGCAGAACAACGCUGCUGUGUUCCGUGAUGGCCCCAUCCUUAAGGAAGGAGUGGAGAAAAUGGAUGUUCUCUUUAAAGAAAUGGAAGACAUCAAGGUGUCAGACCGUGGUAUGGUGUGGAAUACUGACCUGGUCGAGACCCUGGAGCUACAGAAUCUGAUGCUGAAUGGUAUGCAGACCAUUGUCUCUGCAGAGGCAAGGAAAGAAAGCCGGGGAGCUCAUGCUAGAGAAGACUUCAAGGAUAGAAUUGAUGAGUACGACUAUAGUAAGGAUGUGUCCGGACAGACCGCGAAACCUUUCAGCGAACAUUGGAGGAAACACACCAUGUCUUACCAAGACCAUAACACCGGAAAGGUCACACUGGAAUACAGAGGUGUCAUUGAUGAUACUUUGGACAAAGACAAGUGUGAAACGAUUCCACCAGCAAUUCGUUCUUAUUAGAUCUGGAGAACCUCAUGUUUCACAUUUUAUGCAGGUGCAUAUUGGCGGGUGAGCGCGUUUGGAUUGUUCAAGUUCAUCUACGACCAAUGAAUGAACUCUGUGGAAAUAAGAGCUGCUGAAUUUGCCCAUUUCGCGUCUAACUAGCUAUAAGUUAUCAAUCCAUUUUAUGUCGAGAUCAGUGACGUUAUUUAUAUUAUGUGAUGAGCAUAAAAUUGAUGUGACAGAAUGUUACCAACGUCCAUAGAAUAGAGUCUCUAUUUAAAGUGGCCUAUUCGGCCAAUGUCAUAAUAUUUAUUAUUUCCAUCGUCAGGGUUUAUAGAUAACUUUCAAAUUGUAGGCUUCAUACCUUAUGUGUUUCAAUAUGUUGUAAUGGAAAAUAGAACUUGUGAUAUUUUUCUCUGCCAAUUUUUUUUUUAAAUUCCUUCUUUACAAUUACCGUCAUUUGAAACUACGGUACACUCUAAUAAAAAGGAUAAAUGGGCAAAAUAUAGUAGAGGAUGUUUUUUUAUUUUCUGAAAUGUUUUUGUAAUAUUUUGUUAUAUUAGAGUACAUUAGGUCUUAAAACUUCGCAUAAAUUGCAAUAUUUCUCAAAUGUUGCCCAAAACAGUGGAAAGUAACAUUUUUGAAAAAUAAAUUAAAAUAAUAUGUUUCGUUGCUGAACUUUUCACUAAAUGUAAGGAAUUUGUUAAUAUUGCAGGAAAAAACAACAACAUUAGUUCAAGUUUGUAAUUAACAUUUUUCCUGCGGUAUUCUAUGUCUAAAAUGAAGAUAUGUGAUAUCUGUUCUGGGUUGUUUGUAAAAGGCUUGUGUAUAUUCACAUAACAAAAUUUUACAAAGCUACAGAGUCUUGGCUAAAUUUCUUCUAUUAAUGAUACCAGGUAAAUAGAAUGAGAGUUUUGUAGAAGACUGCUGUAUUUGCACAGAAAAAAUGUCAUAUAAAACUUUUGCAUACAAGGCUAUAGUGUUUCACUCUGCUUGAUACAGAUAAUGGCAUACAUUUUGUAUAUUUAUGAUAAAUAUUGAGUUUAUCAGAGAGAUUUUUCAAAUUAAUUAUGUGUCUAUUGUGAUUUAUUUGUACAUAUUUUCUUAUUUCGUAAGAAAGUGCAAAUUAAAUGUAUAGUUUGUUUUAUACACAAAGCUGAA